GCGUGUGAGGGACGCUUGGAGCCUCUCCGGCGCGUCGCCCAACGCCUGUGCCUUGGCCGUCCCAUUCUGCAGACAUGGCCCAAGCGAUGCAUCCUCGUCUCCAUGGCCUUCAUGGGCUUCUCGCUCACGUCAGGGAUCCGUCGGUCCUUCACAGAGGCCGCCUUCAGCCUACAAAGGGACGCUCACUGGAAGAUGCUCAACAACGAUACGUCUGCUGGGAACUGGACGACGGACUUCAUUCGUUCCCUCCAGUCAUCUUUUACGUGGGGGCUCUUCAUAGGCCAUGUGAUAGGAUCGGCCUUGUCUUACAAGUAUCCAGCCAACGGGGUAUUCGCAGUCGCCAUUUUGCUGGACUCUUCGUUGCACCUAGUCGUGGCGGGGGUGAUGCAGGUCCAUCAGAUCUUCCUAAUGUCCUUGCUGUUUCUCCAAGGGGUCGCUGACGGACUGACGUUUCCAGCGUUUCAGGGUCUCCUAAGGUAUUGGGCACCUCCUCUGGAGCGAACGAGAAUGUUCACAGCUGGCUAUGCAGGACUUCACUGCGGAAGCUUGCUUGGCUUUCAAGUGUUCUCUGCAUCUGAGAGGCUGUUCAGCUCGACAACGGGGCUAUACCUUUACGGGCUGAUGGGCAUCCUGUGGGUCCUGCCCUGGUUUUUGCUCGUCUCCGAGUCGCCGUCAAAGCAUCCGGGAGUUUCCACGAGAGAGAAGAUUUACAUCAUCGACUCCCUGCAACUGCAGGAGCACGUCCCCUUCUCGCAGCAGGGCAGCGUGCCCAUCAAGGCCAUCCUGUCCUCGGGUCCUGUGUGGGCCAUCCUCUUGGCCUCGUUCAGUCGCAGCUGGACCUACAACACCCUCCUGCACAUCGUGCAGUGGUACUACAACGACGAGGUCCGUUACGCCAAGGAGCUUCCCUACCUCUUCAUGAUGGUGUCCGUCAUCUUGAGCGGCUUCGUUGCCGACUCCCUGCAGCAGAGAAACGUUAUGACAACGUCCACGGUGCGCAAGACUUUCGCCGGCACAGGGCUCCUAGCUGAAGGCGUCUUCUUCCUGUCCGUCGUCUACGUGGGACCGACGAAUCCGGCCAUCGUGCUGUACUUCUUCGCCAUGUCCGUCCGGGAGCUUGCAGUGGCCGGGUACAUGGUGAACCCUCUGGACAUCGCGCCUCAGCACGCGGGCAUCAUCACUGGACUCUCCGGGGCAAUGGCGUCCCUUGGAGACCUUACCUUCUACCCGAUGAUGAACCACAUCUUCAACACGUGGAAGAUUCGCCACGACCACAUGACGCCGCUGUACGCCGUGAGCGUGAUCAGUGGAGGCCUGCAGUUCCUGGGUGCCCUCAUUUUCGUCGUCUUCUCGUCCGCCACCGAGCAAGACUGGUCCAAAGAGGACAGCAGCAGCAGCACCCAGUCCAGCAGCAGAAACUGCGAGGGGCCCUACGGCAGUGGCAACAACAACAACGACCCUUACCUGGACUUUGCCGAGGUCGCCGCCAACGACGGCAUCUCGCUCAACGUCAUCGUGAAGCGAUAGCGUCGUUGCAGCCACGAGAUCGUAACGGUCUUGGCGAUUUAGUGUAAAUAA